GACACACAGCGCUACUAGUGCCCACUCGGAGUCCCGCGCGUCGCUAGCUGAAACCUCCUUCACAACGUUCCUGUCAGCACAGCAAACCGUCUCCCAACUCAUUUUCCUAUGAUAGCGUCUCCCGCUGCCGUAUAUUGCGUGCCUGUCUCCGAGCCCGUCGCAACGCUCCUUUGAUGAUGAUCGACGCCUGUUGUCGUCCUCCGGGUCGCUUAGCGGUCAGCUGGUACGGUCUGAGAGCUGCUGUAGGCUGCUGUACGGGGACGCGUCUCGCGCGAUCGGGCGUGGCUCAUCACCGGCUUGAGUCUUGUGGGUCGUGAUGCGUUCUUGCGUCAAUCACAGCGACGAUUCGCGAUUCAUGAUCCUCGGUGCUCGCUGUUUGCCUCAGAGGCGGUCGAGUGCACACGGUGUGCAUGCCUCAUGGGAGGCUAUCGUCACUUCCAGCAAGCAGACCUCUCGCUCAACUUGUAUCGCAAAUUGCACAACCUCGGUCUCGAUAAUAGAUCCUCUACCCUCUGCCCAAUCCGAUCGCCUGCGAGCGCGCCUACAACACUCGAGCGUUAUUCUCAGUGUUCCAUUAUCCAUUAUCCCACCGUGCCUCGUGGGGACCCGUGCACGCCGUCGUCAACAACCGUGGACACUCAUCAACGAGCACCAUCAAGCGCCAUCACGCACGAGGGCGUUACUUGACUCGCGACGAAUACGAUUCCACGCGAUGAGACUACGCUAGCCACCGCACAGACGCUUCAAAGAUAGACGCCUGGGCAUUGGCUGAAUAUGUCUAUAUGGUGAUGCCACAUUUCAUGUCGUGCACCCCAGUGAAUGAUGAUGAAAGGCAAACGAACGACGUGUGAUACAGUUAAGUCGCUGUCCAUCCCGAUGAUGACGCCCAUGCUCGUUCGAACGUAGCAUCCACCACGCUAGAUGAACGGCGGACGCACCGCUCCAUCGUGCUCGCUAUGUCCUCCUAUCUCCAUCAACACGUUCUAUGAUGCUAUGCUUCUAAAUCCGUACCCUUCCUGUCCUCGUAGUUCUCCUCCGCCCUCGCUCUUUUACUCGGAAGCCAGCCCGCAUUCUCCUCCGUC